AACGGGCGGUAAAUGCGAAAACGGGAAAGAGAGACGUUGGAGAGAUAUUUUCCCACGAGAACCCCUUAUUCAUCCUACUUUAACAAAUGGCGAAGAGCACAAGAGUUAGCGCCGACUGAACUGGCGAGCUAGUUAAAAUAAUACAAGUUACCUAGCCUGCCUACAUAAAUGCUAGCUGGCAAACCUAGAUAUCGGGCAAGUCAUAAUCUUUCAGUUUAUGUGCGUUACUAAGAUAGCCGGGGCACGUUAGCCAGCUGACCUAGCUGUCGUUUAGAAUCGAAAAGAAAACAGACCUUUCUCAUUGCGUAUAGUGACUAAACUGUAGCCUUAUUCGGCCCGUCGUCUUAUAUUGUGUAUAGUUGUAGGUUAUUAUGUUACAGUGUCCGGACUCCGUGUGUGGUUCGUAUAUGGGCAAAGGCGAUAGCCUACAUCACCAAGUUUUGGCUGCGUUCCCGCUUUGCCACAUGACAGAGGAGGACUUGAUCCAGAACCCCCUGUUCUGCAAGGUCCUGGCCACGCUGUCACAGCACGUGGACCGAACCGGACUCACUUUACAUUUAAAAAAGGAACUAGAGAAGGCACAGAAGGAACUCCGUUCACAGAGGCUGGGCUGGCUGCGCAUGGAGAGCCUCCACAGACUCCUCCAGGAGAUGGUCCAGGAGCACCGCUCCAGCCAGCAUCACUCUGGCACCCCAACUGCAGGAGACAAGUUCUAUGCCACUCUGGAGCAGUGUUUGCUUGUGGCUAAGUGUAUGAAGCGGCUGGAUGCCAGUCGCACCGUUGACCAGAACCGGUCUCCGUUCUUGGGGCUGUCUGCCGAGGAAGUGCUACAUCAGAUGCCCUGUAAGCAGGAUGUGCUGCAGAUGAAACAGAGAUUACCAACAGAACUGCAAAAGCAUCUGAAAAAGAAGCUCUUCUACCUCCUGUCUUACUACCAGCCUGAGUGGGAGAAUGAAAGUGAGGGGCUCAGGUGUGUAAAGCUGACCAAACUGCCAGGGCUCCUGGCUGGUGAGCGCGUCAGAGCGGACAACCUAGCGGAGAAGAACAGAGAGAACGCCCUCUCUCUGCAGCGGCAAACCCACUCCUACCUCUUGGAGCUACUGGAGUGCAUGCAGCUUCUACAGACCCUUGUCCUGGACUUGCGACUGAAGGUGCAGAAAGAUCUUGACAGGAAGAAGAUUGAGUACUUUGAAGCCAAAUGUGAGAUUGGCAUUCAGAAAAUUAGGGCAGAGAUGCUUGCUGUCCAGCUCGAUACCUACACAAGAGACAAGAUAGCAGCCCACUGGAAAAUAACAGAGAAACUCGGCGCCGAACUGCAGGCCGCCCAGCUGGAGAAACACUCGUUGGAGUCCAAACUGGCCUCCUUUGAGAUCUACGGCAAGGAGUUCGAGGCCCUGGCUGCGGAGUAUUGCCGUCUGAGGGAGGAGAUAACCACCAGGUCCUGGGCACUGAAGGAAUUCACAGCGUAGGUUGCUGCGGGCUUUCCAUGUGGCAGUGAGAAGGAGACGCUUAGCCAGAUGAUUGGUGUGCAGGCCUCAGUCAGCAGAGCCCUGUGGUUUGGAAGUGGUACUGUGGAUUUGAGAGGAUGUACAGUUGCUAGUUUCACUUGUUUGUGCAGUUGACUGAUGAUGUAUUAUGAAACUAUUCCCACCUUGGUUUAUGCCUACAGAUAUUUUUCCAUGUCUUUUUAAAAUGUAUUUGCAUUAUUGGUGUUUUUGAUUAUUAUAAUAUGCCUUAACGACUCGUGCUGUGUAUUAUGUUCAUAUUUUUAAUUCUGGUCUUUUUCAAACUUCAGAUAUGUACAGCCAUGUCUGUUCUGGUCAUCCUCCAAUUAAGCCUGUUACUGACCUGCAGGCUUAACAGUUGUUAUAAUAAUGUAAUAUUAACUUGUAUUACUGAAAUAAAUUCAAUUCUACUAAUUAUAAA